AUGCCUAACGUAUCUUUUGAUAUUUUCUUUGACAAGGACUUUAUCAACAUCACUGCCACUCGAGGACAUACGGCUCCCAAGGCAAAACCAGAGUGGAAAGUCCGAACUGCCCCCAAACUCCCUCCCAAGCCUCAACCAGAGGACCAUAGCGGCACUCCACGUCCACCAGCACGAGAGAAGUUGACCUCGACUCGUCAAUCCCUCGCUCCUCCCAAACAAUUGCCAGAGAAGGCGGUUGACAACUCUGACGCAGUCUCCCAGACGUCGAGCGAAAAGGCCAGACGAAAGCCACCCAAGCUUGGUCCUCGCAAGUCCGUCACGGCCACACCAGCAGCUUAA